UAAACCCCCAAAAAAGAAUAGGACUCGAUGUUAGUGUAACCGGUAACAUGCAGUUGCCAGCAGUUUUAUUCACCUAGCAGACAAUCGCAUCCAGCUGUUUCUGCAAUUUUUGAAUUUCAAAAUUUUUUGAAUUUUUUUUACAACUCAGUUGUAGCCGUUGCGUUUUUCCAACCGUUACAAAACACGUGGCAGCCAGCAGCCAGGCUCCCUCGUAAACUGAAAACCAUUUGUUUAUAAAAAUAAUAAUAACAUAAGCCUCCAUCUCCCCCAUUUUCAUUUCACCUCCUCCAAUUCCAACUGCAAUCUCUCUCCAUUCUCUUCCUCUUCUCCAACCCAAACCCAAAGAACCCUCACUAACCCAUACACAAUGCGUGAAAUCCUUCAUAUUCAAGGUGGCCAAUGCGGCAACCAAAUUGGAGCCAAGUUCUGGGAAGUUGUAUGUGCAGAGCACGGCAUUGAUGCAACUGGCCGUUACCAAGGAGACUUGGAUCUUCAACUUGACAGAAUCAAUGUCUACUACAAUGAAGCCAGUUGUGGUAGAUACGUCCCUCGUGCCGUUCUCAUGGACCUUGAGCCUGGAACCAUGGACAGCAUUAGAUCCGGUCCUGUUGGCCAGAUCUUCAGACCUGACAACUUUGUUUUUGGUCAGUCCGGUGCUGGUAACAACUGGGCUAAAGGCCAUUACACUGAAGGUGCUGAGUUAAUCGACUCUGUCCUUGAUGUUGUCCGAAAAGAGGCUGAAAACUGCGAUUGUCUUCAAGGGUUUCAGGUUUGUCAUUCUUUGGGAGGAGGAACUGGAUCUGGAAUGGGAACACUUUUGAUCUCGAAGAUAAGGGAGGAAUACCCAGAUAGGAUGAUGUUAACUUUCUCAGUUUUCCCAUCUCCUAAGGUCUCUGAUACAGUCGUGGAGCCCUACAAUGCUACUUUAUCUGUUCAUCAGUUGGUUGAAAAUGCUGAUGAGUGUAUGGUUCUUGACAAUGAAGCCUUGUAUGACAUUUGUUUCCGGACACUUAAGCUCACCACUCCCAGCUUUGGUGAUCUGAAUCAUUUGAUUUCUGCAACAAUGUCUGGAGUUACAUGCUGCUUAAGGUUCCCUGGCCAGCUCAACUCUGAUCUUAGGAAACUUGCUGUGAAUCUCAUCCCAUUUCCUCGGCUUCACUUUUUUAUGGUGGGUUUUGCUCCACUCACUUCAAGGGGAUCCCAACAGUACCGAGCUCUAACAGUUCCUGAGCUCACUCAGCAAAUGUGGGAUGCAAAGAACAUGAUGUGUGCAGCUGAUCCACGACAUGGCCGUUACUUGACUGCAUCAGCUAUGUUCCGUGGUAAAAUGAGCACCAAGGAAGUGGAUGAGCAGAUGUUGAAUGUUCAGAACAAGAACUCAUCCUACUUUGUUGAGUGGAUUCCUAACAAUGUUAAGUCAACAGUUUGUGACAUCCCACCCACUGGCCUCAGGCUGGCGGCAACAUUUAUUGGCAAUUCAACAUCCAUUCAGGAGAUGUUUAGGCGUGUGAGUGAGCAGUUUACAGCUAUGUUCAGGAGGAAGGCCUUCUUGCAUUGGUAUACAGGUGAAGGCAUGGAUGAGAUGGAGUUUACUGAGGCAGAGAGCAACAUGAAUGAUCUGGUCUCAGAGUAUCAGCAGUACCAAGAUGCAACUGCUGAAGAAGAGUACGAGGAAGAGGAAGCAGAAUACGAGGACUAGGCUGUUAAAUCUCAACUUCCAGUUGCUGUUUUCUUUUCAAAUGUGAAAGGAACUAGUUAUUAAGAUGUGUUGUUUUCUUGUGUUUUUCAUGCUUUGCUUUAUACCUUCUGCUGCUAUCUUAGCAAAGCAAGCUGAAGAACUAUGUUAUCACCUUGUUUAAGUUUCCAAGUAAACUUUUUGUUGCAUUCGCUCUAUAUUGUUAUUUGAUAUCGCACCCACCUUGAUUUUUUUUAUU